CCGUAGCCCAACCUGAGGACCCGUGACCUCUGACCCAAAAUGGCAGCGCCCAGGGCGUAGCUCUUGCGGCUCGAAGGCAAACUGAGACUGAAGAUCCCGCAUCAUGUCGAAGCUAAGCCGGGUUACCCGGGCCCUCAGGAAGCCGGAGGCUGGAGGCGUGAUCCGGGCUAUCGUGCGAGCUGGCCAAGCUAUGCCUGGGCCCCCACUGGGCCCCAUCUUGGGGCAGCGAGGUGUCUCUAUCAACCAGUUCUGCAAAGAGUUCAACGAGAAGACAAAGGACAUCAAAGAAGGCAUUCCCCUGCCUACAAAGAUUUUUGUGAAGCCCGACAGGACGUUUGAGCUCAAGAUUGGGCAACCCACUAUUUCCUACUUCUUGAAGGCAGCAGCCGGGAUUGAGAAGGGGGCCCGGCAGACAGGGAAAGAGGUAGCAGGCCUGGUGAGUUUGAAGCACAUAUAUGAAAUUGCCAGUGUCAAGGCUAAGGAUGAGGCUUUCGCCAUGCAAGAUGUGCCCCUGUCCUCUGUGGUCCGGUCCAUCAUUGGCUCUGCCCGGUCCCUGGGCAUCCGUGUGGUGAAGGACCUAGGUGCAGAAGAGCUGGCAGCUUUCCAGAAGGAACGAGCCGUGGUUUUGGCUGCUCAGAAAGAGGCAGAUUUGGCAGCCCGGGCAGAGGCUGCCAAGAAGUGACCCCAGCCUUCCACACUCUGGGAUUUUGAAAGAAGAGGCCAAGAAGGAAGCCUACCAAGAAAGCUAAACCAAAGGAGAGGAAGGGACUUCAUGGCAACACAAUUUAUAGUUUCCUGACUUCAUAUAUUUCUGUAUAUAUGGCUGUGCCAAGGGGUCAAGCUUGAAUAAACAUCCUUUGUCACCCA